CACUGUCGCACAUCAAGUAUGCCUGUGCUCAUGGAGUAGAGAUGAUGACUUUUGAUAGUGAGGAUGAACUCCUAAAAAUGUCUCUUUGUCAUGCCAAAGCCAAACUGGUACUCCGCAUCGCAGUGGAUGACUCCAAAUCGCUAAUAAGACUCAGUUCAAAGUUUGGAGCCAGACUGGUGUCAGUUGGUAAGCUGCUGGAACGUGCUGGAGAGCUGGGCUUAGAUGUCAUUGGGGUCAGCUUUCAUGUGGGCAGCAAGUGCACUGAAAGUUUGGCGUUCCAGCAGGCCAUAGCAGACGCCCGUCAUGUCUUUGACAUAGCGAAUUUGUUGGGCUUCCAGAUGAGUCUCUUGGAUAUCGGUGGAGGGUUCUCUGGGAGAGAGGACUUUCAAGUGAAAUUUGAAGAGCUAUCAGAAGUCAUUAAUGGUGCACUGGAUGAAUUCUUCCCGCCUGACAGUGGGGUGCAGAUUAUUGCAGAACCAGGCCGAUAUUUCGUUGAAUCAGCCUUCACACUGGCAGCGAACGUCAUUGCCAAAAGAGUCGUCAUAGAUGAUAUGGAUGAACAUUGCGACUGUGAGGACAGCCCUAAGAGAAUGAUGUACUACCUUAAUGAUGGAGUGUAUGGCUCCCUGAGUUGCCUUAUCAAUGAUCCUGCCCACAGCAAGGUUGAACCAUACCUUCACAGGGCUGUUGAGAGCAGCGAGCAGAGAUACCGGUCUGUUAUCUGGGGUCCAACCUGAGUCAGCUUUGACAAAGUAACUGACAACUACUGGAUUCCUGAGUUGCACGUGGGGGACUGGCUCCUCAUUGACAACAUGGGUGCUUACUCAGUUAGUUUAUCCACUGACUUCAAUGGCUUUGAAAGAGCACACAUUUACACUGUUGUGACAGCUGAGACGUGGCACGCCUUAAUUAAGGCCGAUGGACCACGGUCCACCCCGUGGUGUAGUUACAAAAAAAUCGUGAUGGAAGAUGUUCUAUUUACAAUAGAUAUGAAUGUUAUACUGUUUUGAAAAACAUGGGGUCUUCAGCUUUCAGAAUCCUUAAACCAAUUGUAUUUUGUCCAAACUAUGUCUUAUUACUACUUAGUAUUUUAACAAUAAGGUCGUACAAAUAUAAACUUCGUAAGUAUAAGAGCAAGUGGUGAGCAAAAGAUCUAGGAUCAUUUUCUUGUCAGUCUACAAUAACAUGCUUGGAAUCGCUGGAAAAUAGAACUUACAAGCUUUCCAAUGAGCCUAAACGCACCACAAUUGUAAAGACGUUUGCUAUUUCUGGGGAAACAUAGCAGUCGUACUUCACAUUUUAGAGUCACACUGAUGACACAUUUAUGUCACCAAGGCUUAUGUUAUUUUCGCCAAAACCAGCAGAGUUUAGUUUUAGUUACAAAGAUCGUCACGGGGGUUUCACCAGCCGUGUUAGUCCAGCCAGACUGAAUUUAUGUUAUUUAUAACAUGGCUAUAUUGAAAUAAAUAGUGUUUUGAAGUAAAACUCCCAGUAAACAGUCAACAAGUAAACAGUGAACAUGGCCAAAACAUGGAGACCGCCUGAGUAUGUCUUUAUAAUCAGUUGUAUCAUGAAUGUUGUAUUUUAGUGUAUUUUCAUCAAAUUUACAGUUACACUUGUAGUCAAAGAGUAGAAGACAUUCAUUUGCAUUAUUAUCCAUUUGAUCUUGGUUAUAAUGGCGAUAUUGCCGUUAAAAUUUAGAUAAUAUAUUAGGCGAGGAUGAAAAUCUUGUUUUUUCCUUUAUUGCAUCACCAUUUACUCUCGAAUGGUAAUACAAAUAGGUUUACUUACAAUGGAUUCAUCUUCCUUAGCUUCUUACCUAUCAAAGAAGACCAGAAAUAUGCAUAUAGGCCUUAUGGUUGAGAAGCUAUUCCUGAUGCAUUUUGGGUAUUUCUGCGUUUUUUCCUGGGGGAUAGGGCUAGGGCCUAACACCUUAGUCACACCUACGACAUUAUCCGUUAAUGAUCUGGUAACACUUCUGUAUGAGUUGGACAAUGGCACAAUACUGACAUGAAGAACAGACAUAGGCAUUUAACAUCUUUCAUUGGUUGGUCAGUUUCUAUUCUAUAUUCUCCCAAUUAAAAAUUACAUUUGUGUUAAGUCUGUUAUAGUCAUACAUUGGAUAGCAUAGGCGUAGAUUUUGGAAGUCAGGGACAGGGUGCUGCUGAAUUGUCGCUACAACUAUUUUAACGUUAGCCAACGAUCUAGUCAUUUUAACUCCUCAUAGGGUUACUGGUAAGCUCUAUGCAGAGUUAAAUGAAAGAGAAUAAAAGAGCGAAAUAUGGGGGAUGGAGGAUCUGGCAACUGGAUACAGCAUCAGAUGCAGGGCCCCCUUCAUUUCUGUGAAAGCUGCUCAGUGGCGCAUGAAGCCAAAAAAUUUUGGCUUUCCUGUACAAAAUUACCCGAAUCUUCUGCAUCGUGGGGCCCAUAGAGCAAGCGCACUAGAGACUCCGAGCCGAGCUGGCUAACUUCCGGUUUAGCCCUCCACUCUUCGAGACUUUCCUAAUGGAUCAAAUUCUGAUAGUGAAACAAGUCUUUUCGCGGGAGUUGUGACGCUCAAGAAAAUGGACCCACCGUUUUAUAGCCGUUUCUUUCACAGUGUAAGUCUAUGGAAAAAAGUAUUUUGGGGCCCCUGUGCAUCACAUGACAGACCCGGACGUUGUUAUUCCACGGUUUGGCCACUAUGUCAAAUUGGCUUCAUAGCCCGGCGGACUUCUUGGGGGCUUGAGGUAACUGUAGAGUUGACAGGAAAUAAACAGAUGUGAAGUUUGUAAAACGGAUCUAUGUCACUCUACAUUGUGCAAGUAGAGAAUAUUACCAUGAAAGGUAAUCCUUGUGCCUCUUUACCAUGAUAUAAAUAGAAACAUAGUUUAGCAUUUUGCAGCCCUGAAACAAACCAGAAACUAUCACAAGUGUUUCCAGGUAGUCACAGCAUUACACAGCAUAACAUAUCAUUUGUACAGUAAUGCCUCAUUUCUAUCUUUAAAUGUUUCCUCAUUAUCACCCUUUGUUUUUGGCCCCUUAUUACCCUGUUGCAUAAAUUUCAGUCUAAUAUUACCCAGAUAUGCCCAUUGUUAACACCAAACUAUUACCUAAUUAUUACUUUGGUAAUUACAUGGUAUUACUUAAUUAUUACCUCAUUAUUAUCAAACUAUUACCUCACUAUUACCAUAUUACCCAGCUGUAAUGUAUGUAAUUUAAUUCUGUUAACUUGUGACCAGCACCAGAGUAAACCUAAAAGUCAUCAGAAAUUAGCAUUUAGUAGCUUUUUUUUUUUUUAAAUCUCCGGAGAAGCAUAACCCCAGAACUCAGAGUGGCUCUGUUUUUCUCUGCUCACGCAUCCGUCUUUUUUACCCCUAACCAGUUUGCAUGCCUGAAUGUAUCAUAUGUUAAUUUUGAAUAAUAAAUGUAGUCUUAGAUGCAUACUUCUAAAAAUAAAAUGUAAAGAGAUGGACUGAAUUGGACUGAGUUGAAUUGUAAAAAAUCUGAUCUGUUUUUGUAAAAAUAAUAAAACGUACGUGUUCCUUCA